AUGCCGAUCCUCGACCGCCGCCGGCAACAACGCCGCCCCGAACGGCGCGUCGCCGACAACGGCGACGACCAGACCCUCGACCUCCCGCCCUACGAACCCCUCGCCUGCCCCCUCACCAACGAAGCCAAGCGCGCCAUCGCCGAGCUCUCCAACACCCGCGACGUCCACCGCUACCAGACCCACAUCAAGAACUCCAUCCAGCACCUCGGCCAGAGCGUCAUGGACAUCAACGACGUCACCCGCGACACCCGCGACUCCGUCGCCCGCGUCGCCGCCAAGCGCCCGGAGUCCGCCCUCGAGGACAAGUCGGAGCGCGAGCUCGGCCUCGAGAAGCACCUCGCCGCGCUCGAGGCCGACGUCCCCACCAUCUCGGCCGAGGCCGAGGCCGCGCUGAGGGACCUCAUCGACCGCCAGGUGCAGCUCGAGGACGACAAGGCCGCGCUGGUGGCCACGGUGGACUACUUCCAGUCGCUCCCCGCCCCCGCCGCGAGGCCGAGGCGGGGACAACAAGACGGAGAGGGGGAGGGGCAGGACGAGGACGUGGAGAUGCCGCCGCCGGAGCAGUCCGUCAUCGACACCCUCCGCCAGCACCGGGCCGAGAAGCAGCGCGAGUACGAGAGGCUGAACGCGUACCAGCGCUACGCCCUCAACAACGACUACGCCGCCUUCAAGAAGCUCUGGCACGAGUCCGUCCACGGCGACAACGGCCCGCCCGUGCCCAACGCCAAGCGCUGGUUCGACGACGCCGGGAACCCCGUCGUGCCCCGCAUGUCUGCCGGCCAGGAUGUUAAGAACGAAGGCGGCGCGGCGGAGGACGACGAGGACGACGACCUCAUCAUCGCCUCCGAGGUCAGGGACUACAGGUGUCCGCUGUCGAUGGCGGAGUUCCAGGAGCCGUACAGCAAUCACGUGUGCAACCACACGUACGAGAAGCAGUGGCUGGUGGACAUGCUGCGGAAGGCGCCGGGGGGACGCGGUGUCUGUGCCGUUCCGGGGUGCGAAAAGAGUUUCCAAUUGUCGGACUUUUACGACGACAGGGUGAUCCUGCGCAAGAUGAAGCGCGCCCAGGAGUUGCAGCGCCUCGCGGAGCAGGAGGGCAGCAGCAGCUCUGAUGACGAUGACGACGACAGGCCGGCGGUGAAGUCGGAGAGACGUUCCCAGGGCCGAAAGCGUAAGAUGGAGACCAUCGAUGAUGAUGAUGAAUAG